AUGAUCAUCGCUGCCACACUCUUCAUCCGUUACAAAAAGCGCAGUGCCGAUCGCCGUCGUCGUCAACGCGAAGACCGCCUCCUCGCCCAUCACUUCUCCCUCUCCACGGGGUACUAUCUCGACCCCGAGGCAGCUGCUAGCAAGCCACACACCCCCGAGUAUCCCCUCGAGAUCUCCUCCUCAUCACAACAUCAACAACAGGAACCCUUCUCGUGUCUUGACUCCCCGCAGCAGAGAGUCAUUGAGGAUCCUCCGCCCGCGUACCAACCACUACCUGCGUAUAACCCGUCCCGGUAUCAGGGUGUGGAUGGCAUGGUGGGGAUCGCGGUUCCGUAUCCGGGCGUGACCGCGAGUAUGUAUAUGUCUCAGAGGAGGGCACCCGAGAGGGAUUCGAAUGCGUUUAGUUUUGCCGUGGAGGAAAGGUUGGAUGUUGCGGUGCCUCGUGAGGUAGGGGAAGAGGUGCAGCAGGAGGAGGAAGUGACUUCGUUGCCUCGGGUGGACGGUCAGGUGCCGCAGCGGCCCAGGCCGGUGUUGUCGAGAAUGAUGGGGGGAUAUGGGUGCUCCAAGGAUAUAGUAGUACGGAGUACUGCUAUCGCUGCUACAAUCUCGUCUAAAUUCCCGCAGCGGGCAUGGGAUGAUGCCAACUGGUGA